AUCGAGUCCAGUUGCCAGUUUUUGCCGCAAUCCACUUUUAAACGCUCGAUCCACAACGAACGGCCGAAACAGAAAAGGACGCUUCCUGGCUGGCGGCUGCCUCCCCGGGUCGAUGAGCAGAGAGUGAGCACAUCAUUGUACCACGCGAACGGAGGCGGUUAACAUCCCCACCGACCCUCCACCACAUCCUUCACCUCGCCUGCUAUAAUCUCUCUCCCUCUCUCUCUCUGCUCGAUUUCGCAGGACGGAUGGAAGCCCUUGCUUUCAGUAGGAACACUCCGAUCGCAUCUUGUAGAUUUCCCGCUCGGAAAAGGAGGGACAGGGAGCCCUCCUCCUCCCUCCUCCCGGUGGAUCGUCGGUAUCUUCACAACCGGUUCCCUCCCUCGCUGUCCCGCAAUAAAAGCCCUAUUCGCUACUCCGUCUCCAGGUUAGGCCUCAUCCGUCCCCGUAGCUUUCGCGCGCACGUCUUUGCCGACGGUAACCGCGAUUUCCACGACCAUGAGAAUGGCCACGAGCACCACCACCAUCACCACCACCACCACCACAACAACAACCACGGGCAUGGAGAAGAUGCGGUUGCAAAUAAAGCUCAGGAUGCUAUUCUCCGCUUUGCGCAAGCGGUAGGGUGGGCCGGCCUUGCGGAUUUCCUCCGGGAGAACCUACAUCUUUGCUGCUCUUCUAUGGCGUUGCUUCUCCUCGCUUCUGCCUGCCCCUACGUCCUUCCUGGCGGGGCGAUCAAGCGGUGGCAGAAUGUGCUUAUUGCAAUUGCCUUUCCUCUUGUUGGGGUUUCAGCAGCACUAGAUGCUAUUCUGAUCAUUGCCUCUGGAAAAGUAAACAUUCAUGUGCUCAUGGCUCUCGCAGCCUUUGCUUCAGUUUUCAUGGGGAACGCACUAGAAGGCGGCUUGCUUCUAGCUAUGUUUAACCUUGCUCAUAUUGCGGAAGAGUAUUUUACAAGACGAUCAAUGAUUGAUGUCAAGGAACUAAUGGAAAACUAUCCAGAUUUUGCACUAUUAUUAGAAGUAAAUGAUGAUGCACCUCCUAAGUUUACAAAAUUAGAUUACAUAAAAGUUCCAGUUCGUGACCUUGAAGUGGGUUCAUAUAUAUUGGUCAGGGCUGGUGAGGCUGUUCCAGUUGAUGGGGAAGUUGUUCAAGGGGCAUCUACAAUUACUAUUGAGCAUUUAACUGGUGAAAUCAAGCCAUUAGAACGGGGGGUUGGAGAUGCCAUUCCUGGUGGUGCCAGAAACUUGGAGGGAAUGCUGAUUAUAAAGGUGACCAAGUCAUGGGAAGACUCAACACUUAACAAGAUUGUUGAGUUGACAAAAGAAGGUCAACUAAAUAAGCCAAGGCUAGAAAGGUGGUUAGAUGAAUUUGGCGAAUACUAUAGCAAGGUUGUUGUUGCUCUAUCUUUGGGGAUAGCUCUUCUUGGACCAUUUAUUUUUAAGUGGCCCUUCCUUGGUAACUCAGUUUCUAGAGGCUCAGUUUACCGAGCUUUGGGUCUUAUGGUGGCAGCAUCACCUUGUGCACUUGCUGUAGCUCCCUUAGCUUAUGCUACUGCAAUCAGUGCAUGCGCACGGAAGGGAAUUUUGCUCAAGGGCGGGCAUGUCUUUGAUGCUCUUGCAGCUUGCAAAUGUGUAGCAUUUGAUAAAACGGGAACUCUCACAACUGGAAAGCUUAUGUGUAAGGCAAUUGAGCCAAUUCAUGGUCAUUGGUUUAGAGGGAGCAAAUCUGAUGUGUCUUUGUGUUGUACACCGAAUUGUGAGAGUGAAGCUUUAGCUGUUGCUGCAGCAAUGGAAAAAGGAACUACACAUCCCAUCGGGAGAGCACUUGUUGAUCAUAGUCUUGGGAAGAACCUUCCUGACAUUUAUAUACAUAGCUUUGAGUGUCUACCUGGUAGGGGUCUUUUUGCAACACUAACUGGGAUCAAGUCAGGAACUCGACAAGAUCUUUCAAAAGCAUCACUUGGCUCUAUUGAAUACAUUUCCUCUCUAUACAAGUCCACAGAUAGAUCUAGAAAAAUAAAAGAAGCUGUAGAAGGAUCUUCUUAUAGAAAUGAUUUCGUCCAAGCUGCCCUUUCUGUUAAUGAGAAGGUGACACUCUUCCAUUUUGAAGAUGAGGCACGGGAAGGCUCCAAAGAAGUCAUAUCAAUCCUAAAGGAUAAAGCAAAUCUUCAUGUAUUGAUGUUGACAGGUGACCAUGAGUUGAGCGCAUUGAGAAUAGCUAAAAUUGUGGGUAUUAGCGAAGUUCAUCACUGUUUGAAACCUGAAGACAAACUCAAUCGGGUGAAAACUACUGCUAGAGAGAAAGAUGGAGGUUUGAUAAUGGUAGGAGAUGGUAUUAAUGAUGCACCUGCCCUUGCUGCUGCAACUGUGGGUAUUGUGCUAGCUCAACGUGCAAGUGCAACAGCUGUAGCCGUCGCAGAUGUGCUAUUGCUGCAUGAUAACAUUUCUAAUGUUCCAUUUUGUAUUGCUAAAGCUCGUCAAACAACUAGUUUGGUGAAGCAAAGUGUUGCACUUGCUUUAUCUUGCAUUAUUUUUGCUUCUCUUCCUUCAGUACUUGGUUAUCUUCCUCUGUGGCUGACGGUACUUCUUCAUGAAGGAGGGACACUUCUUGUUUGUCUAAACUCAAUCCGCGCUCUUAAUGACCCAUCGUGGUCCUGGAAACAUGAUCUUUUGCAGGUAUUGCAUGGGUUACGAAAUGCUUUGUUUAAUCAUCUCAGGUGGAGGCCUUCCUCGAACAACACUAUUUCACCUUCGGCACUCUAAAUUUAUGGACCAUGACAGAUGUUACUUGAAUGGUAGCCAAUUGAACGGGAGAUCAAGGUUUUGUGUUAUAGCAAUUAGUUUUUUAUUAAUUAAAUAGUUUGACUGUCAUCGUUGCUGUUGUAUAAACUAUUCUUCAAACUGCUUGAAACAUGUGCCUCGUUGCCUCUCAAGUAUGUUGAUAAUGAAAAAAAGGCACAUGAAUCAUGUUGUAACAACUUCAAGAGAAUUUAUAAUGAUCAAUUGAUAACAUUUUGGCGAA